ACCCAGCAAGCUCCUUCAGCUGCAUUCUCUUCACUCUUCUUCCAAGCAAGGUUACAUAUAUACUACUGAAAAAUGUCCACUCUCCUGGAAAACAUCACUGGCAUAAUUGGAAUUUUCCACCAAUACUCACAAAAUGAUGAUGAGAAAAAAACACUGAGCAAAGAAGAGCUGAAGGAACUUCUGGAGGUAGAAUUACGAGCAGUCUUGAAGAAUCCAGAUGACGAAGACAUUGGGGAGGUCUUCAUGCAAAUGCUAGAUGUAGACCAUGAUGAAAAAAUAGACUUCACUGAGUAUUUACUGAUGGUGUUAAAGUUGGCAGAGGCAUAUUAUGAAUCAGUACAGAAAAAAAGUAUCCAAACGAAAGGAAAAAGGAGGAGAAGUAAACCUCAUUAUGAAGGAGUGGAGGAAGAUGGAGAAGAAGAAGAAGAAGAAGAAAGAACACACAGAUCUCCUCAUGGAAGAAGAGUUGGAAAGAAUAAAAAUGACAGAUCAAAGAGUCCAAAAGAGAGAAGAGACAAAAAACACAAAUCAAGCAAAAGAAAUAAGGAAAGACACACAAACACUCACGAAAAAACAAAAAUAUGUGGACAAUACUUUGAUGCAAGAGGAGACAACAACUCGGGACUCUACCAGAUGUACUACUACGAGGACGAACACCCCGAGUCCCAGUCCGAGCAGGAGCACCCCGAGGCCGGCCACAGGCAGCAGCAUUCUGGCGGCAGGGCACCCCAGCGAGGCCGCCAGGGACAAGAGAGGGACAGCGCCGGGCACCGUGGCUCCAGCGAAGGACGCAGCUCCUCUGGCCGCCAGGAAGGGGCCCCCCGAGGAGGCUCUGGACCCCGUGGCGGACACGGCCAGGGGUCCCACAGGGAACCUGCACGGGACAGCUCUGAGCACGCCCGGUCCGGAAGGGGCCAGGCCCAGGCCCGGGGACCCUCAGGGUCCAGCCCCAGAAGGGUCCAGGAGGGACACGAGCACCACGCAGCAGACCGCGCUCGGCGCUCUGGGUCAAGCCAGGGCCGGGUAGGCUCCGAAUCCCCCCAGGGCCAGGCAGGACGCAGAGGAGCAGCCGAAAGCCACAGACAACCAUCUAGGCACCAAGCUGACUCUCCCCAGGGCCGCCCCAGCUCGGGCUCCAGAACAAGACAGGAGUCCCCCUCUGACCAGCAGUCCCCCGAAGGCGCCAGGCGCCACCCGUCCCGGAGGAGAGGAGCCCAGGAGGACAGCGCCAGCCAGGCCAGUGACAGCGAGGGCCAUUCAGAAGUGGAAGUCAGGCGCAGGCCGGCCUCACAGUCCAGCAGGAGGAGCGGGUCCCGUGGCCAGGCAACUGACAGCGCCGAGCCAUCGGGGAUCCGUCAAGGUGGCCGAGGGUCCCAGUCGGGAUCGCGGCCCGGGCAGGCUCAGGGCAGCCGAAGUCACGAAGACAGAGCCAGCCGCUCCGCUGGCCAGGGCCGUCGGCCGUCCAGCGAGAGUCAGGCCAGCGACAGUGAGAGCCACUCCGAUAUCUCGGAGGGCCGGGCACGGGGAGCCCACGGUCAGUCCGCAGCAGGCCACAGGCACGAGCAGAGACCCUCGCCAGGACACCAGGGCUCCGGGCUCUACCAGAUGUACUACUACGAGGACGAACACCCCGAGUCCCAGUCCGAGCAGGAGCACCCCGAGGCCGGCCACAGGCAGCAGCAUUCUGGCGGCAGGGCACCCCAGCGAGGCCGCCAGGGACAAGAGAGGGACAGCGCCGGGCACCGUGGCUCCAGCGAAGGACGCAGCUCCUCUGGCCGCCAGGAAGGGGCCCCCCGAGGAGGCUCUGGACCCCGUGGCGGACACGGCCAGGCGUCCCACAGGGAACCUGCACGGGACAGCUCUGAGCACGCCCGGUCCGGAAGGGGCCAGGCCCAGGCCCGGGGACCCUCAGGGUCCAGCCCCAGAAGGGUCCAGGAGGGACACGAGCACCACGCAGCAGACCGCGCUCGGCGCUCCGGGUCAAGCCAGGGCCGGGUAGGCUCCGAAUCCCCCCAGGGCCAGGCAGGACGCAGAGGAGCAGCCGAAAGCCACAGACAACCAUCUAGGCACCAAGCUGACUCUCCCCAGGGCCGCCCCAGCUCGGGCUCCAGAACAAGACAGGAGUCCCCCUCUGACCAGCAGUCCCCCGAAGGCGCCAGGCGCCACCCGUCCCGGAGGAGAGGAGCCCAGGAGGACAGCGCCAGCCAGGCCAGUGACAGCGAGGGCCAUUCAGAAGUGGAAGUCAGGCGCAGGCCGGCCUCACAGUCCAGCAGGAGGAGCGGGUCCCGUGGCCAGGCAACUGACAGCGCCGAGCCAUCGGGGAUCCGUCAAGGUGGCCGAGGGUCCCAGUCGGGAUCGCGGCCCGGGCAGGCUCAGGGCAGCCGAAGUCACGAAGACAGAGCCAGCCGCUCCGCUGGCCAGGGCCGUCGGCCGUCCAGCGAGAGUCAGGCCAGCGACAGUGAGAGCCACUCCGAUAUCUCGGAGGGCCGGGCACGGGGAGCCCACGGUCAGUCCGCAGCAGGCCACAGGCACGAGCAGAGACCCUCGCCAGGACACCAGGGCUCCGGGCUCUACCAGAUGUACUACUACGAGGACGAACACCCCGAGUCCCAGUCCGAGCAGGAGCACCCCGAGGCCGGCCACAGGCAGCAGCAUUCUGGCGGCAGGGCACCCCAGCGAGGCCGCCAGGGACAAGAGAGGGACAGCGCCGGGCACCGUGGCUCCAGCGAAGGACGCAGCUCCUCUGGCCGCCAGGAAGGGGCCCCCCGAGGAGGCUCUGGACCCCGUGGCGGACACGGCCAGGGGUCCCACAGGGAACCUGCACGGGACAGCUCUGAGCACGCCCGGUCCGGAAGGGGCCAGGCCCAGGCCCGGGGACCCUCAGGGUCCAGCCCCAGAAGGGUCCAGGAGGGACACGAGCACCACGCAGCAGACCGCGCUCGGCGCUCCGGGCCAAGCCAGGGCCGGGUAGGCUCCGAAUCCCCCCAGGGCCAGGCAGGACGCAGAGGAGCAGCCGAAAGCCACAGACAACCAUCUAGGCACCAAGCUGACUCUCCCCAGGGCCGCCCCAGCUCGGGCUCCAGAACAAGACAGGAGUCCCCCUCUGACCAGCAGUCCCCCGAAGGCGCCAGGCGCCACCCGUCCCGGAGGAGAGGAGCCCAGGAGGACAGCGCCAGCCAGGCCAGUGACAGCGAGGGCCAUUCAGAAGUGGAAGUCAGGCGCAGGCCGGCCUCACAGUCCAGCAGGAGGAGCGGGUCCCGUGGCCAGGCAACUGACAGCGCCGAGCCAUCGGGGAUCCGUCAAGGUGGCCGAGGGUCCCAGUCGGGAUCGCGGCCCGGGCAGGCUCAGGGCAGCCGAAGUCACGAAGACAGAGCCAGCCGCUCCGCUGGCCAGGGCCGUCGGCCGUCCAGCGAGAGUCAGGCCAGCGACAGUGAGAGCCACUCCGAUAUCUCGGAGGGCCGGGCACGGGGAGCCCACGGUCAGUCCGCAGCAGGCCACAGGCACGAGCAGAGACCCUCGCCAGGACACCAGGGCUCCGGGCUCUACCAGAUGUACUACUACGAGGACGAACACCCCGAGUCCCAGUCCGAGCAGGAGCACCCCGAGGCCGGCCACAGGCAGCAGCAUUCUGGCGGCAGGGCACCCCAGCGAGGCCGCCAGGGACAAGAGAGGGACAGCGCCGGGCACCGUGGCUCCAGCGAAGGACGCAGCUCCUCUGGCCGCCAGGAAGGGGCCCCCCGAGGAGGCUCUGGACCCCGUGGCGGACACGGCCAGGCGUCCCACAGGGAACCUGCACGGGACAGCUCUGAGCACGCCCGGUCCGGAAGGGGCCAGGCCCAGGCCCGGGGACCCUCAGGGUCCAGCCCCAGAAGGGUCCAGGAGGGACACGAGCACCACGCAGCAGACCGCGCUCGGCGCUCCGGGUCAAGCCAGGGCCGGGUAGGCUCCGAAUCCCCCCAGGGCCAGGCAGGACGCAGAGGAGCAGCCGAAAGCCACAGACAACCAUCUAGGCACCAAGCUGACUCUCCCCAGGGCCGCCCCAGCUCGGGCUCCAGAACAAGACAGGAGUCCCCCUCUGACCAGCAGUCCCCCGAAGGCGCCAGGCGCCACCCGUCCCGGAGGAGAGGAGCCCAGGAGGACAGCGCCAGCCAGGCCAGUGACAGCGAGGGCCAUUCAGAAGUGGAAGUCAGGCGCAGGCCGGCCUCACAGUCCAGCAGGAGGAGCGGGUCCCGUGGCCAGGCAACUGACAGCGCCGAGCCAUCGGGGAUCCGUCAAGGUGGCCGAGGGUCCCAGUCGGGAUCGCGGCCCGGGCAGGCUCAGGGCAGCCGAAGUCACGAAGACAGAGCCAGCCGCUCCGCUGGCCAGGGCCGUCGGCCGUCCAGCGAGAGUCAGGCCAGCGACAGUGAGAGCCACUCCGAUAUCUCGGAGGGCCGGGCACGGGGAGCCCACGGUCAGUCCGCAGCAGGCCACAGGCACGAGCAGAGACCCUCGCCAGGACACCAGGGCUCCGGGCUCUACCAGAUGUACUACUACGAGGACGAACACCCCGAGUCCCAGUCCGAGCAGGAGCACCCCGAGGCCGGCCACAGGCAGCAGCAUUCUGGCGGCAGGGCACCCCAGCGAGGCCGCCAGGGACAAGAGAGGGACAGCGCCGGGCACCGUGGCUCCAGCGAAGGACGCAGCUCCUCUGGCCGCCAGGAAGGGGCCCCCCGAGGAGGCUCUGGACCCCGUGGCGGACACGGCCAGGCGUCCCACAGGGAACCUGCACGGGACAGCUCUGAGCACGCCCGGUCCGGAAGGGGCCAGGCCCAGGCCCGGGGACCCUCAGGGUCCAGCCCCAGAAGGGUCCAGGAGGGACACGAGCACCACGCAGCAGACCGCGCUCGGCGCUCCGGGUCAAGCCAGGGCCGGGUAGGCUCCGAAUCCCCCCAGGGCCAGGCAGGACGCAGAGGAGCAGCCGAAAGCCACAGACAACCAUCUAGGCACCAAGCUGACUCUCCCCAGGGCCGCCCCAGCUCGGGCUCCAGAACAAGACAGGAGUCCCCCUCUGACCAGCAGUCCCCCGAAGGCGCCAGGCGCCACCCGUCCCGGAGGAGAGGAGCCCAGGAGGACAGCGCCAGCCAGGCCAGUGACAGCGAGGGCCAUUCAGAAGUGGAAGUCAGGCGCAGGCCGGCCUCACAGUCCAGCAGGAGGAGCGGGUCCCGUGGCCAGGCAACUGACAGCGCCGAGCCAUCGGGGAUCCGUCAAGGUGGCCGAGGGUCCCAGUCGGGAUCGCGGCCCGGGCAGGCUCAGGGCAGCCGAAGUCACGAAGACAGAGCCAGCCGCUCCGCUGGCCAGGGCCGUCGGCCGUCCAGCGAGAGUCAGGCCAGCGACAGUGAGAGCCACUCCGAUAUCUCGGAGGGCCGGGCACGGGGAGCCCACGGUCAGUCCGCAGCAGGCCACAGGCACGAGCAGAGACCCUCGCCAGGACACCAGGGCUCCGGGCUCUACCAGAUGUACUACUACGAGGACGAACACCCCGAGUCCCAGUCCGAGCAGGAGCACCCCGAGGCCGGCCACAGGCAGCAGCAUUCUGGCGGCAGGGCACCCCAGCGAGGCCGCCAGGGACAAGAGAGGGACAGCGCCGGGCACCGUGGCUCCAGCGAAGGACGCAGCUCCUCUGGCCGCCAGGAAGGGGCCCCCCGAGGAGGCUCUGGACCCCGUGGCGGACACGGCCAGGGGUCCCACAGGGAACCUGCACGGGACAGCUCUGAGCACGCCCGGUCCGGAAGGGGCCAGGCCCAGGCCCGGGGACCCUCAGGGUCCAGCCCCAGAAGGGUCCAGGAGGGACACGAGCACCACGCAGCAGACCGCGCUCGGCGCUCCGGGCCAAGCCAGGGCCGGGUAGGCUCCGAAUCCCCCCAGGGCCAGGCAGGACGCAGAGGAGCAGCCGAAAGCCACAGACAACCAUCUAGGCACCAAGCUGACUCUCCCCAGGGCCGCCCCAGCUCGGGCUCCAGAACAAGACAGGAGUCCCCCUCUGACCAGCAGUCCCCCGAAGGCGCCAGGCGCCACCCGUCCCGGAGGAGAGGAGCCCAGGAGGACAGCGCCAGCCAGGCCAGUGACAGCGAGGGCCAUUCAGAAGUGGAAGUCAGGCGCAGGCCGGCCUCACAGUCCAGCAGGAGGAGCGGGUCCCGUGGCCAGGCAACUGACAGCGCCGAGCCAUCGGGGAUCCGUCAAGGUGGCCGAGGGUCCCAGUCGGGAUCGCGGCCCGGGCAGGCUCAGGGCAGCCGAAGUCACGAAGACAGAGCCAGCCGCUCCGCUGGCCAGGGCCGUCGGCCGUCCAGCGAGAGUCAGGCCAGCGACAGUGAGAGCCACUCCGAUAUCUCGGAGGGCCGGGCACGGGGAGCCCACGGUCAGUCCGCAGCAGGCCACAGGCACGAGCAGAGACCCUCGCCAGGACACCAGGGCUCCGGGCUCUACCAGAUGUACUACUACGAGGACGAACACCCCGAGUCCCAGUCCGAGCAGGAGCACCCCGAGGCCGGCCACAGGCAGCAGCAUUCUGGCGGCAGGGCACCCCAGCGAGGCCGCCAGGGACAAGAGAGGGACAGCGCCGGGCACCGUGGCUCCAGCGAAGGACGCAGCUCCUCUGGCCGCCAGGAAGGGGCCCCCCGAGGAGGCUCUGGACCCCGUGGCGGACACGGCCAGGCGUCCCACAGGGAACCUGCACGGGACAGCUCUGAGCACGCCCGGUCCGGAAGGGGCCAGGCCCAGGCCCGGGGACCCUCAGGGUCCAGCCCCAGAAGGGUCCAGGAGGGACACGAGCACCACGCAGCAGACCGCGCUCGGCGCUCCGGGUCAAGCCAGGGCCGGGUAGGCUCCGAAUCCCCCCAGGGCCAGGCAGGACGCAGAGGAGCAGCCGAAAGCCACAGACAACCAUCUAGGCACCAAGCUGACUCUCCCCAGGGCCGCCCCAGCUCGGGCUCCAGAACAAGACAGGAGUCCCCCUCUGACCAGCAGUCCCCCGAAGGCGCCAGGCGCCACCCGUCCCGGAGGAGAGGAGCCCAGGAGGACAGCGCCAGCCAGGCCAGUGACAGCGAGGGCCAUUCAGAAGUGGAAGUCAGGCGCAGGCCGGCCUCACAGUCCAGCAGGAGGAGCGGGUCCCGUGGCCAGGCAACUGACAGCGCCGAGCCAUCGGGGAUCCGUCAAGGUGGCCGAGGGUCCCAGUCGGGAUCGCGGCCCGGGCAGGCUCAGGGCAGCCGAAGUCACGAAGACAGAGCCAGCCGCUCCGCUGGCCAGGGCCGUCGGCCGUCCAGCGAGAGUCAGGCCAGCGACAGUGAGAGCCACUCCGAUAUCUCGGAGGGCCGGGCACGGGGAGCCCACGGUCAGUCCGCAGCAGGCCACAGGCACGAGCAGAGACCCUCGCCAGGACACCAGGGCUCCGGGCUCUACCAGAUGUACUACUACGAGGACGAACACCCCGAGUCCCAGUCCGAGCAGGAGCACCCCGAGGCCGGCCACAGGCAGCAGCAUUCUGGCGGCAGGGCACCCCAGCGAGGCCGCCAGGGACAAGAGAGGGACAGCGCCGGGCACCGUGGCUCCAGCGAAGGACGCAGCUCCUCUGGCCGCCAGGAAGGGGCCCCCCGAGGAGGCUCUGGACCCCGUGGCGGACACGGCCAGGCGUCCCACAGGGAACCUGCACGGGACAGCUCUGAGCACGCCCGGUCCGGAAGGGGCCAGGCCCAGGCCCGGGGACCCUCAGGGUCCAGCCCCAGAAGGGUCCAGGAGGGACACGAGCACCACGCAGCAGACCGCGCUCGGCGCUCCGGGCCAAGCCAGGGCCGGGUAGGCUCCGAAUCCCCCCAGGGCCAGGCAGGACGCAGAGGAGCAGCCGAAAGCCACAGACAACCAUCUAGGCACCAAGCUGACUCUCCCCAGGGCCGCCCCAGCUCGGGCUCCAGAACAAGACAGGAGUCCCCCUCUGACCAGCAGUCCCCCGAAGGCGCCAGGCGCCACCCGUCCCGGAGGAGAGGAGCCCAGGAGGACAGCGCCAGCCAGGCCAGUGACAGCGAGGGCCAUUCAGAAGUGGAAGUCAGGCGCAGGCCGGCCUCACAGUCCAGCAGGAGGAGCGGGUCCCGUGGCCAGGCAACUGACAGCGCCGAGCCAUCGGGGAUCCGUCAAGGUGGCCGAGGGUCCCAGUCGGGAUCGCGGCCCGGGCAGGCUCAGGGCAGCCGAAGUCACGAAGACAGAGCCAGCCGCUCCGCUGGCCAGGGCCGUCGGCCGUCCAGCGAGAGUCAGGCCAGCGACAGUGAGAGCCACUCCGAUAUCUCGGAGGGCCGGGCACGGGGAGCCCACGGUCAGUCCGCAGCAGGCCACAGGCACGAGCAGAGACCCUCGCCAGGACACCAGGGCUCCGGGCUCUACCAGAUGUACUACUACGAGGACGAACACCCCGAGUCCCAGUCCGAGCAGGAGCACCCCGAGGCCGGCCACAGGCAGCAGCAUUCUGGCGGCAGGGCACCCCAGCGAGGCCGCCAGGGACAAGAGAGGGACAGCGCCGGGCACCGUGGCUCCAGCGAAGGACGCAGCUCCUCUGGCCGCCAGGAAGGGGCCCCCCGAGGAGGCUCUGGACCCCGUGGCGGACACGGCCAGGCGUCCCACAGGGAACCUGCACGGGACAGCUCUGAGCACGCCCGGUCCGGAAGGGGCCAGGCCCAGGCCCGGGGACCCUCAGGGUCCAGCCCCAGAAGGGUCCAGGAGGGACACGAGCACCACGCAGCAGACCGCGCUCGGCGCUCCGGGCCAAGCCAGGGCCGGGUAGGCUCCGAAUCCCCCCAGGGCCAGGCAGGACGCAGAGGAGCAGCCGAAAGCCACAGACAACCAUCUAGGCACCAAGCUGACUCUCCCCAGGGCCGCCCCAGCUCGGGCUCCAGAACAAGACAGGAGUCCCCCUCUGACCAGCAGUCCCCCGAAGGCGCCAGGCGCCACCCGUCCCGGAGGAGAGGAGCCCAGGAGGACAGCGCCAGCCAGGCCAGUGACAGCGAGGGCCAUUCAGAAGUGGAAGUCAGGCGCAGGCCGGCCUCACAGUCCAGCAGGAGGAGCGGGUCCCGUGGCCAGGCAACUGACAGCGCCGAGCCAUCGGGGAUCCGUCAAGGUGGCCGAGGGUCCCAGUCGGGAUCGCGGCCCGGGCAGGCUCAGGGCAGCCGAAGUCACGAAGACAGAGCCAGCCGCUCCGCUGGCCAGGGCCGUCGGCCGUCCAGCGAGAGUCAGGCCAGCGACAGUGAGAGCCACUCCGAUAUCUCGGAGGGCCGGGCACGGGGAGCCCACGGUCAGUCCGCAGCAGGCCACAGGCACGAGCAGAGACCCUCGCCAGGACACCAGGGCUCCGGGCUCUACCAGAUGUACUACUACGAGGACGAACACCCCGAGUCCCAGUCCGAGCAGGAGCACCCCGAGGCCGGCCACAGGCAGCAGCAUUCUGGCGGCAGGGCACCCCAGCGAGGCCGCCAGGGACAAGAGAGGGACAGCGCCGGGCACCGUGGCUCCAGCGAAGGACGCAGCUCCUCUGGCCGCCAGGAAGGGGCCCCCCGAGGAGGCUCUGGACCCCGUGGCGGACACGGCCAGGCGUCCCACAGGGAACCUGCACGGGACAGCUCUGAGCACGCCCGGUCCGGAAGGGGCCAGGCCCAGGCCCGGGGACCCUCAGGGUCCAGCCCCAGAAGGGUCCAGGAGGGACACGAGCACCACGCAGCAGACCGCGCUCGGCGCUCCGGGCCAAGCCAGGGCCGGGUAGGCUCCGAAUCCCCCCAGGGCCAGGCAGGACGCAGAGGAGCAGCCGAAAGCCACAGACAACCAUCUAGGCACCAAGCUGACUCUCCCCAGAGCCGCCCCAGCUCGGGCUCCAGAACAAGACAGGAGUCCCCCUCUGACCAGCAGUCCCCCGAAGGCGCCAGGCGCCACCCGUCCCGGAGGAGAGGAGCCCAGGAGGACAGCGCCAGCCAGGCCAGUGACAGCGAGGGCCAUUCAGAAGUGGAAGUCAGGCGCAGGCCGGCCUCACAGUCCAGCAGGAGGAGCGGGUCCCGUGGCCAGGCAACUGACAGCGCCGAGCCAUCGGGGAUCCGUCAAGGUGGCCGAGGGUCCCAGUCGGGAUCGCGGCCCGGGCAGGCUCAGGGCAGCCGAAGUCACGAAGACAGAGCCAGCCGCUCCGCUGGCCAGGGCCGUCGGCCGUCCAGCGAGAGUCAGGCCAGCGACAGUGAGAGCCACUCCGAUAUCUCGGAGGGCCGGGCACGGGGAGCCCACGGUCAGUCCGCAGCAGGCCACAGGCACGAGCAGAGACCCUCGCCAGGACACCAGGGCUCCGGGCUCUACCAGAUGUACUACUACGAGGACGAACACCCCGAGUCCCAGUCCGAGCAGGAGCACCCCGAGGCCGGCCACAGGCAGCAGCAUUCUGGCGGCAGGGCACCCCAGCGAGGCCGCCAGGGACAAGAGAGGGACAGCGCCGGGCACCGUGGCUCCAGCGAAGGACGCAGCUCCUCUGGCCGCCAGGAAGGGGCCCCCCGAGGAGGCUCUGGACCCCGUGGCGGACACGGCCAGGGGUCCCACAGGGAACCUGCACGGGACAGCUCUGAGCACGCCCGGUCCGGAAGGGGCCAGGCCCAGGCCCGGGGACCCUCAGGGUCCAGCCCCAGAAGGGUCCAGGAGGGACACGAGCACCACGCAGCAGACCGCGCUCGGCGCUCUGGGCCAAGCCAGGGCCGGGUAGGCUCCGAAUCCCCCCAGGGCCAGGCAGGACGCAGAGGAGCAGCCGAAAGCCACAGACAACCAUCUAGGCACCAAGCUGACUCUCCCCAGGGCCGCCCCAGCUCGGGCUCCAGAACAAGACAGGAGUCCCCCUCUGACCAGCAGUCCCCCGAAGGCGCCAGGCGCCACCCGUCCCGGAGGAGAGGAGCCCAGGAGGACAGCGCCAGCCAGGCCAGUGACAGCGAGGGCCAUUCAGAAGUGGAAGUCAGGCGCAGGCCGGCCUCACAGUCCAGCAGGAGGAGCGGGUCCAGCUUAGGUGUCCAGGGGUCAUCUGCUGCUGGACAGUUAGGAGAAAUUUCAAGUGAUAGGUCAAGACACUUGGAAUUCAGUCAGUUACAGAGAUAUUAUUACUAUUAAGGAAAACAAAAUGUGCACCAGAAAGAAUGUUUAAAAUCAUGCUGGAAUAUGUCUUUUCUUUAUGACAUUUUGGUUAUUGGUUUUCUUUUCUUUUUCUUUUUUGUUAAAUUACUCCAUAUUUUCUUUUCGGGGUGGUAGUUUCUUCUUAUUUUAUGUAUAUUUUGGGCAAAUAUUUGUUAAUUAGAGUAUUUCUUGUGAGGAUAAUCAUAGUAUUUUUCAUAUUUGGUGGAAGUGUUAGUUCCUUCAUCUUGACAGUUUCUUUUCCUGAUUCACUUAAAAUAUUAUUAGUAAUAGUAGUAGUAGUUUUUUGGUCUUUUUUUUUUUUGUCUUUUUUUCCUGAAACCUUUAAAAUACAAAUUCAUUGUUUGUUUUGGAUUUCAAAGUUUCAUGCAUGCAAUUGGAGUUUAUAAUGUGUGUCUCUUUGGAUGGUAUUAGAUCUGUCUAUUCUUCAGCUGCUGGAACACAUUGGACAUACCCAAUUCACCUCAGUAAACAUCAUAAUAAUUUAAAAAAAUAAACAAUUGGCUAUCUUA